CAAAAAACAAAUCGCUAUCUAUGGCUAAGCAAGCAACCAGAAUACAAAUCCACUUAACUGAACAUCAAAUAAUACGAAUACGCUAUUUAAAAAAUAAAAAAAACUUAUGAUUUAUUUAUUUUUAGAUUUCUCUUUCAAAUAUGUUUGGUGAAUAGAUUGUAUUUUGCAGUAAUGGAGUACCGACGCUAGGAGACAGUAAUACAUUUAUAACUCCGCAGACCACUGCAGUACAGCUGACUGUGAAACAGCGGUCAACAAUGUAACGUUAAACAUUGACUUUCCGUUCAUGUGACGUGGAUCUGUUAGCCUACAGCCCAGACCUGCUAAGGAAAUCUGAUGUUGCUGUCCUCAGCAUGGCUUCAAACUCCAGCUUUGCUCCUCCAAAACUGUCCGACUUCAUCCUCACAGAGCGGCUGGGCAGUGGCACCUAUGCUACAGUCUACAAAGCCUACAGAAAGGGGGACAGUCGAGAGGUCGUGGCAGUGAAGGUGGUUGGGAAGAAGAGUCUAAACAGGGCGUCUACAGAAAACCUGCUCACAGAGAUUGAAAUCCUCAAGACGAUGCGUCACCCUCAUAUAGUCCAGCUAAAAGACUUUCAGUGGGAUGCUGAUAAUAUUUAUCUGAUCAUGGAGUGGUGUUCUGGUGGAGAUCUCUCCCGCUUCAUUCGCAGCCGCAGGAUUUUACCUGAGAGGGUGGCCCGGUGCUUCCUGCAACAGAUAGCCUGUGCCCUCCAGUUUCUUCAUGAGAGAAACAUCUCACACCUGGACUUGAAACCUCAGAACAUCCUGCUCAGUGGCUCUGUCCUUAAACUCGCAGAUUUUGGUUUUGCCCAGUACAUGUCGCCAUGGGAUGAGCAGAGUGUCCUAAGAGGUUCUCCUCUUUAUAUGGCUCCUGAGAUGGUGUGCCGACGCCAGUACGACUCCAGGGUGGAUCUCUGGUCAGUUGGAGUCAUUCUCUAUGAGGCACUGUUUGGGCGGGCACCAUUUGCAUCGAGAUCAUACGCUGAAUUGGAGGAGAAGAUCCGGAGUAACCAACCUAUUGAGCUCCCUCCUGGGGCCAGGGUAUCCAAGGACUGCAGAGACCUUCUGUUGCGGCUGCUAGAGAGAAAUCCAGAUGCCCGGAUCACCUUUGCAGAGUUUUUCACCCACCCUUUUGUAGAUAUGGAGCAUAUGCCGAGUGCAGAGAGCCUAGUGAAAGCGAAAGAGCUGGUCCUGCAGGCCGUUCAGAAGGACCAGGAAGGGGAGAGGUCCGCGGCUCUCUCUCUUUACUGCAGUGCCCUGGAGCACUUUGUCCCCUCUAUUCACUACGAGACAGACCGACAACGUAAAGAUGCCCUCAGGCAGAAGGUCAGCCAGUAUGUGUCCAGAGCCGAGGAGCUGAAAGCCCUGGUGGCCUCAGACAACAGACUGAGCUUUGAGGAGGCCCGGACGUCCAGGGAUGUCCUCCGAGAAAUGUCUCGAGACCAACCACGGCUGCUGGCUGCUCUGGAAGUGGCUUCUGCUGCCAUUGCUAAGGAGGAGAGUGGAUUGGAUGACCAUGAGGCCCUGGAUGUGUACCAACAGUGCUUAGGAGAACUACUCUUGGCACUAGCAGCCGAGCCCCAGGGUCGCAGGAGAGAGCUGCUCCACAGCGAGAUUAAAAGCCUCAUGACCAGAGCUGAAUACCUCAAAAAGCAUAUCAAGAUGCAGGAGAAUCAGCGGGACGUGUCUCUUGAUCGAGAACCUCUUGCGGACUCUGUCAGAAGCUCUUGCUGUUUGCAGUGAGCAUGACGGUCACCGUGGGAACUGG